AAUAGAUUACAUACUGGAGAGAAAGCAUACAAAUGUAAUCAAUGUGAUAAAGCCUUUUCACAAUACAGUAAUCUCCAAACACAUAAGAGAAUCCAUAUAGAAGAGAAACCCUAUGAAUGUAGUCAAUGUGGUAAAGCCUUUUUAUAUUACCGUGAUUUCCAAAGACAUGAAAGAAUACAUACUGGAGAGAAACCUUUCGAAUGUGAUCAGUGUGAUAAAGCCUUUUCACGAAAGUGUAAACUUCAGAUACAUAAAAAAACUCAUACUGGAGACAAACCUUAUGAAUGUAGUCAGUGUGGUAAAGCCUUUGUAUGUCAAAAGAGUCUCCAAUUACAUAAAAGGACACAUACUGGAGAGAAACCCUAUGAAUGUAAGGAGUGUGGUAAAGCCUUUGUAUGUCAAAAGCGUCUCCAGAGACAUAAAAGGACUCAUACUGGAGAGAAACCUUAUGAAUGCACUCAAUGUGGUAAAGCCUUUGCAUAUCACAGCAAUCUUCAAGAACAUAAAAAAACCCAUACUGGAGAGAAACCAUACAAAUGUAUUCAAUGUGAUAAAGCCUUUUCACAAUACAGUAAUCUGCAAAAGCAUAAAAGAACACAUACUGGAGAGAAACCCUAUGAAUGUAGUCAGUGUGGUAAGCUCUUUGCAUAUCAAGAGAGUCUCCAAUUACAUAAAAGAACACAUACUGGAGAGAAACCCUAUGAAUGUAGUCAGUGUGGUAAAACCUUUAUAUGCCAGAAGAGUCUCCAAAUACAUAAAAGAACUCAUACUGGAGAGAAACCUUAUGAAUGUCAUCAAUGUGGUAAAGCCUUUGCAUAUCACAGUAGUCUCCAAGUACAUAAAAGAACACAUACUGGAGAGAAACCAUACACAUGUAAUCAAUGUGAUAAAGCCUUUUCACAAUACAGUUAUCUCCAAAUACAUAAAAGAAGACAUACUGGAGAGAAACCUUAUGAAUGUAAUCAAUGUGAUAAAACCUUUGCAUGUCGAAGGAGUCUCCAAAGACAUAAAACAAAACAUCCUGGAACUGGAGAGAUACCAUAUUAGUGUGCUCAGCUUGGCGGCUUGGUGGCCUAUCGGCUCCUCGGCUUCCUACCUCAGGCCAGCUCGGUCUAGGCUCCAGGCCCGACUGACCGUAGCUACACCGGUGCUACGAACAACUCAGGCCUGCCCUGCCGGAGCUACCGCUAAUUGCAGUAGCUACAUGCAACUGCAGAUAGAGCUGCUUUUGGCUGAAAUGCCAACACAUAUGGUCAGGUCUUAA